AUGUCUUGGGAUGGAUUUAAGAAAGCCGUCCAUCGGGCUGGAGCUUCGGUUACAGUUAAGGAAGUAGAUAAAACAAUUGAUAAAGACUUUGACGUAGAAGAAAGAAGAUACAAGACCUUAAGAUCAGCAGGUACUGGCUUGCAGAAGGCAUCCAAAGGUUAUUUAGAUUCAUUGAGAGCAGUUACCGCAUCACAAGUUACAAUUUCUGAGAUUGUGUCCAACUUAUACGAAGAAGCAAAGCAGGGAGCAUCAAUUUAUUCGAAUGUUGGUAACUAUUACUCGCAGUGUGUUAAGGAUCUUGACGAAGAAACGGUUAAACAGGUCGAUGGGCCGUUUAGAGAGACUAUUUUGGACCCAAUAACAAAAUUCACUAACUAUUUCACAGAAAUCGAUGAGGCUAUCAAGAAGAGAGCACACAAGAAAGUUGACUAUGAUCAGUGUAAGGCAAAGGUUAGAAAGUUAGUCGAUAAGCCCGCCAAAGAUGCAGGUAAGUUACCAAGGGCAGAGAAGGAAUUAUCGCUUGCGAAGGAUAUUUUUGAUGAUUUAAAUGAAAGGUUGAAGCAAGAAUUACCGCAGAUAAUCUCGUUGAGAGUACCUUACCUUGAUCCUUCUUUUGAAAGUUUAGUCAAGAUUCAAUUGAGAUUUUGUACCGAAGGAUAUUCAAGGUUGGCACAACUUCAACAACAUUUGGAUCAAGCAUCAAGAGAUGAAUACGCAAAUGGUGUUUUAGACGGUAGGAUUGAUGAUUUACUUGCUCAAAUGGGAACCUUGAACAUCACUUCAUUGGGACAAAAAUAG